AUGAAACAAUGCGAAGGCAUUGAACUACUAAUUGUACCAAACCUUCUUCUUUCCCCAAUGGCCUCAAUUAUGCUUACACCUUCCGUCCAUUCGACAAAUGUGUCAAGGUCGUAUCGUACAUUUAGCUUUGGCCAACCGAGCGGUUCCGUACUUUCCAUGACACUGAAAGUUUGUAGUCACGGCUGUCAUUCUUCCAUUUGA